CUCGAUUGCUUUUUCCUGAGUCCUGCAGUGAAUCGAUAGCAGAGCCAUACAUGUCGCUGAUGUAAGAUUGGAUCACCCGCUGGUCCACCCUGCCGGCUGCUCACACGUCUCGUAGGAAGAAACCAGGUGUUGAACCAGAAGACCGUGCACCAUGGCAGAUCAGCUGAGUCCAGAGGAGAAGUUCGACCUCAUCACAAGGAACCUUCAGGAGGUCCUUGGAGAGGAGAAGCUGAAGCAGGUUCUUCAGGAGAGGGAGCUGAAAAUUUACUGGGGUACAGCCACCACUGGAAAACCCCAUGUCGCUUACUUCGUCCCCAUGUCCAAGAUCGCAGACUUCCUCAAGGCGGGAUGUGAGGUCACCAUUCUCUUCGCAGACUUGCAUGCCUUCCUCGACAACAUGAAGGCACCCUGGGAGCUGCUGGAGCUCAGGGUGAAGUACUAUGAACAGGUCAUCAAGGCCAUGUUGGAGAGCAUCGGUGUGCCUCUGGAUAAACUCAAGUUUGUCAAAGGAACGGACUUCCAGCUCAGCAGAGAGUACACUCUGGAUGUGUACCGCCUGUCCUCCAUGGUGACAGAGCAUGAUGCUAAGAAGGCCGGAGCCGAGGUUGUAAAACAGGUUGAGCAUCCUCUGCUGAGUGGACUUCUCUACCCAGGACUGCAGGCUCUGGAUGAGGAGUACCUGAAGGUGGACGCCCAGUUUGGAGGAGUUGACCAGAGGAAGAUUUUCACCCUGGCAGAGAAGUACUUGCCGUCUCUCGGUUUUGCUAAACGGGCACAUCUGAUGAACCCAAUGGUUCCAGGACUGACAGGAGCCAAGAUGAGCUCUUCAGAAGAAGAGUCAAAGAUUGACCUGCUGGACUCUAAAGAAGACGUGAAGAAGAAGCUGAAGAGGGCGUUCUGUGAGCCCGGCAACAUCCAGAAUAACGGCGUCCUCUCCUUUGUCAAACACGUCAUCUUCCCUCUGCGUGGAGAGUUCCGUAUCAAAAGGGACCCCAAGUGGGGUGGAGAGAAAAUCUACACGGUGUUUGAAGAGGUGGAGAAGGAGUUUGCUGAGGAGAUGAUUCAUCCAGGAGACCUGAAGGCCUCUGUGGAAGUUGCGCUAAACCAACUGCUGGAGCCAAUCAGAAAGAAGUUUGAGACGCCGGAUCUCCGCAAGCUUACAAACUCUGCUUACCCCAACCAAUCAAAGACAAAAUCAGGAGGAAAAGGUGCCAAAGGAGGAGCAGGAGGAGGAGACGAUGAUGAGCUGGCUCCCUCCAGACUGGACAUCAGAGUGGGCAAGAUCAUCAGUGUGGAGAAGCAUCCAGACGCUGAAUCGCUUUACCUGGAGAAGAUCGACGUGGGUGAGGCAGAGCCAAGGACGGUAGUCAGCGGUCUGGUGGCCUAUGUUUCACCAGAGGACCUGCAGGACAGAAUGGUGCUGCUGCUGUGCAACCUGAAACCCCAGAAGAUGCGAGGCAUCGAGUCUCAAGCCAUGCUGCUGUGUGCCUCCAUUGAAGGGGAGCCCAGGAGGGUGGAGCCUCUCGACCCUCCAGAGGGUUCAUCGCCAGGGGAACGUGUCUUUGUGGAGGGAUAUGAGACGGGCAAAGCAGAUGACAAACUCAACCCGAAGAAGAAGGUGUGGGAGAAACUACAGGUUGACCUGAAGGUGUCAGACGAGUGUGUAGCUCAGUGGAAAGACAAUCAGCUGAUGACCGCACUCGGGCAGAUCACGUGUAAAACACUGAAAGGAGGCAACAUCAGUUAAAACACAUCACCCAAGCCGCUCCUUGGGUCAAACCUCAUCUGGAUGUUUUCUUGGAGAAAUGAUGAGACAUUGAUGCUUUGACGAAAUCUGUUACCAUCCUUUGACUUUAUCAGAAAAGGAUAUUUAAUUAAUUUCAGCAUGAGCCACUCAUGACAGAAAAUAUAACUAAUCAACCUCUGAUUCAUCAGUACCGCUUCAUUUACUGGGUGUUGCUGGUUUUACUAAUGCACUUAAAUGUACAAAUACAACACAUGUUCUGCAAAUGGGUGAAACUGGGCCUAUUCAGAUGGAAGGAAUGAUUUACUUGAAAGUUGAAGCAUCAGAUGUUCAUCCCUGGAAGUAGCUGAUGAGGGAUCUCAGGUGUUUUAAAAAGGGACUUUCAGUGCUUCUCAUGGGUAAAAUUGCAGCGUUAUUAAUUUGCCUUCAGGGUAAAUAAGGUUUUGUGGGUUUCUGACAUACAUGGGGAAAAAGCUAUUUGCCUUGUCCUAUAGGAUGGUUGCAUUGGGUGCAGUGUUACAUUAAAUCAAACUCUGGACAUUAACUGUAAAACUCCAAUAAUACAACAUGUCAUAUAUGAAAUAAAUGUUGAAAUCAGUGGUCUGCAGGA